GAUUAGCAGUGUGUGUAAAAGUAUGUAAAACCUUCAUCUUUGCAUGCUUCACCUACUAUCAUCUACACACGAGAAAAGAAAACCCAAAACCCUUUACAAAAAUGGAGGAAAACCAAAAUCAUAAAUCUUUUAUUUUAUUUUCCUUUUUUUGAAAUUUCACCAUCCCAACCCAACCCCCUUUUUUUUUCAUUUCACCAUAAUUAUCAUUACGACUUUUGGUUUCUCAGAUCUAAAAAGCGCUAAUCACUACUGGCUUUUCAUUGCUUCCUCCUCUCCUUGAUCGGGUAUUUCGAAUCUUCAAUUUCUGUCUUGUUAUAUGCUGUUUUCUGCAAUCUGUUGUUGUUAGUAUUCCUUUUUAUUGGUUGUUGUGUAUCUGAGUGGUGAGAAGAGAGAGAAAGAGUAGUGAGAAAAAAAGACAUGAAGGAUGCUGACGAAUUAGACAUGUUAUUGGGCGAGAUCCCUCAUGCAACAGCACCGUUUAAUCUUCAGGAAAUGCUUCACAAUGUCACCAAUCAUCACAAUAAUCUCGUUGAUCACGGUUAUGGUCAUGCAUCAUGUGUGACGAGUCUUCAUAAUAAUACUAUUAAUACUCCUCUUGGAAAUGAUGAAUCCUCCCCUGUCAGCGCUUUCUCCGGUUACUCCUCUAGCUUAUCACAUUCAGAUAUUGGAUCAUUAUCCCCUCCCCAAUUCGACGAUUUCAACAUUUCUGGGGGUGGAUUCUGUGUGGAUUUGAAAAAGGGAAACGAGGGCAGUCUAGUUGAUUGUUUCAAUUUAUAUCGGAACUUUGGUAGAAUGUGUGUUAGAGAUGAGCUAGAGGGGGCGUCUGCACCGCCGUACCGUGUCCAGUAUCGUGAUCAAUCGCCUAAUGGGAGUAGCCGGAGUUUUGACAAGUAUGGAGCUUCUGAUAAUUAUAGGACUAGUUUUAACGUCUCUGUUCCAAGGAAGGGUGUCAGCUUCGAAGGGGAGGCUGCUUCUGGAAUGGUGGAAAUGCCGUAUGAUCAGAGGAUGGCGAAUUUGUUGGGAUCACGGUGUUCCCCUAGUCAAUCUGAUAGAAUGUUUAGUUGGUCGGAUUUUGGUAGCAUUGCUUCAGGUCCUCAGUUUCAUAGGCAUAAUGGUUUGGCUAACAACAGUUUCCCAAUGGGAUUCGUGGUGCCUAAUGCAUCGCCUUCUUUAGAUAAUCCGUUAGUUGGAAAUUCAUUGUUACAUCCUUCGCAAAGCAGGAAGACCGUGAUUCAAGCUAGUGAUUCUUUUUAUCCAUCUAACAUGGCCCAUAUGGCGCAGCUGUCGCCACGUUAUAAUGAAGAGAGUUUGAUUCAUUACCAGCACACGCCACCUAAUGGAAGAAACAAGGUGCCUCUGCAUGUCAUAGUGCCUCGAGGGAGUGUUGAGCCCUUUGGCAGGGAAGAUAGUUUAAUCAUUCAGGGGGAAGGGGUCAAUUACGAGAUUACCAGGCACGCACAUCUGGGGGAGCACAACACCAAGAGUUUCCAUCAUGGGAUUGGUGCGUGGAAGACUCACGAGAGGAGGUCACAGCUGGAUGACCAUCUCCAUACUGCUGCAAUGCAAAAUGGCUGCCAGAGCCCCAAGAUGCAUUUCCCUUUCAGCCGACCAACAAAGUUUAGCUCUCUUGCUGAAGCACAAGGAUACAUCUAUCACAUAGCAAAGGAUCAACAAGGUUGUCGAUUCUUGCAGAGGAUGUUUGAUGACGGAACUUCUGUGGACGUACAGAUUAUAUUCGAUGAGAUAAUUGAUCAUGCAGUUGAAUUGAUGAUGAACCCUUUUGGAAAUUAUCUCAUGCAAAAAUUGUUGGAAGUGUGCAAUGAAGAGCAACGAAUGCACAUACUAUUUAGGGUGACUGAGGAGCCUGGGGAGCUAGUUAGGAUCUCUUUAAAUACACACGGCACUCGUGUGGUCCAGAAGUUGAUUGAAACUCUCAAGACAAAGCAACAAAUUUCCCUAGUUAUUUCAGCACUGGAAUCUGGAUUUCUAGCUCUGAUUAAAGAUUUAAAUGGUAAUCAUGUUAUCCAGAGGUGCUUGCAAUGCUUCCCAGGUGAAGAUAGUAAGUUCAUUUUUGUUGCCGCUGCAAAGUACUGUGUUGAUAUUGCAACACAUCAGCAUGGAUGCUGUGUUCUACAACGGUGCAUCAGCCAUUCUACUGGGGAGCAUCAGGAAAAUUUGGUUGCAGAGAUUUCAGCCAAUGGACUUCUGCUUGCAGAAGAUGCAUUUGGAAAUUAUGUAAUUCAGUUUAUUUUGGAGCUGAAAAUCCCAUCUGCCACAUCCAAAUUGACAUCUCAGUUUGAGGGAAACUACGUGCACCUGUCUUCACAAAAGUUCAGCAGCCACGUUGUUGAAAAGUGUCUUUUGGUAUGUAAUGAGGAAACCCGGACAAAUAUCAUCCACGAAUUGCUCUCUGCUCCUUACUUCGAUCAGUUGCUUCAGGAUCCACAUGCAAACUACGUUGUCCAAAGAGCUCUGCGUGUUUCUGAGGGACCCCUCCACAAUUCCUUGGUUGACGCUAUUGAAUCUUACAAGACAGUGUCGCGUAACAGUCCCUACUCAAAGAGGAUUUUCUCUCAAAAGCUUUUGAGGAGGUGAUGUACAAUCUUAGUUUCUGGUAAGUAAAUGUUGUUGUUAGGGUGGAUCUAUAAAUGGAAAGUCGUGGUUGAUCCGUUCCAUAUUAUAUACACCUUUUGUGUUUUGUGGCAAUAUUUGCAUAUUCCAAUAUCAUAGCAUCCAGCUCCUAAGAAGAGUUUAGAGAUGGAGAAGCAUGUGACUCAUAACUUUCUACUAUCUCCUAGCUCUCAGUUGCAAUGGCAAUGUACUCCUAUUUUGUUGUCCAUGUACCUUGACAACAUCUAUUGUUUCCUUGAACGCCGAAUUUUAAUUAAUAGAUGUUUCACUCUUGCAAAGAAUAUGAAUGUUA